AUGGAGAGGUGGUCUGUGAAGGUGUUGCGGGUGUCGUCGCCUCUAAACCUCAAGAACACCUCGUACAUCCAGCGGUUUGAACUACCGUGGGGCUUGAAAGAGUCGGAUGUGGACAGCUUUGUUGAUGACGUCCUUGUGAAUGACAAACCAUGGGCUUCCGUAGUGCAAGAGGCGUUGACUGGCUCCCAUGUAUUUGUAUGUGCACAUGGUAGUCGAGAUAAUAGAUGUGGUGUUUGUGGACCUGUCCGCAUUGAUAAGUUCAAAGAGGAGGCUGAGCUGCGAGGAUUGACGAAUCAGGUAUUUGUUACUGCUUGCUCUCACAUUGGAGGCCACAAAUAUGCUGGAAACUUGAUUAUCUACAGCCCAGGUUCAGAUGGAAGCAUAACUUUACAGAGAUGGAGAAAGCGAAGCAGAUCUAGCGAAUUGGAUAUAACGGCAUUACCCUGUAUGGGGCAAAUGGGAGUAUCUUCUGAUGAAGCUGAAAAAAUUAAUGACCUGAAGCUUCCAAAUGGAGGAGAAAGUAAGAAAAUCAAGGAGAAGCCCCAAGAAAACAGCAAUCAGAUUCAGAAGAAUGAGAACUUUUCAGGCUGUUGCAAGGGGCUAAUAGUAAUGGAUUUACAUGCUGCAAAGAAGUAA